UUUCACAUGCGACACACAUCUCUCAACAGGCAUGCGCGAGCUGCAACGUUGUUAUGGUCGCUCGUGGAUAGUUUUAAACUGCAAAUUAAAGAGUAACGCAACUUAAUUUCAAUACUUUGUGCGUGUUAAGCUCUGAAGUUUGAGCUUACAGGGUAUCGGAGAGCUGGAGGGCUUGCGGAGGGCAUCUCGGUAGCAGCAGCGCUUCCUCUUUCUGACGCCUGGAAGUGAGCGAGGACUAGGGGGACUGCCAUGUAGUUGUAGAGGCAGAAGAAUGAGUAGUCAGCACACUCCUACAGAUGGGACAGAAGACUACACAGUACAGCAGGAACAUGAACUAGAAGCAAUUGCUUCCAUCUUUGGAGAUGAUUUCCAGGAUUUGCGAAACCAGGAUCCCUGGAAGGUUAGAAGGCCUCCAGAGAUGCACCUCUGCCUGCGGCCCAGUGGGCUGAAUAAUGGGCAGGAGUGUUACGUGACCGUGGACCUGCUGGUGAAAUGCCCUCCCACGUACCCGGACGCGCCUCCAGAGCUGGAGCUGAAGAAUGCCAAAGGCCUUUCAAAUGAGAACCUCCAGAAUCUCCAGAGUGAACUAACCAAGCUGGCAGCGGCACGAUGCGGGGAGGUGAUGAUUUACGAGCUAGCAGACUACAUCCAAGGCUUCCUGAGUGAGCACAACAAGCCCCCGCCGCGGUCCUUUCAUGAAGAGAUGCUGAAGAACCAGAGGAGGCAGGAAGAGAAAAGGGCCCUGGAGGAGAAACAGAGGAUGGACCAGCAGCGCAAGCAGGAAGAGGAAAUGAAAAAAGAGAUCAUGGCUGUAAUCCAAAAGAGAGAAGUGGAGAAGCGAGAGGAAAAGAAAAGAAAAGAAAUGGCCAAACAGGAGCGACUUGAGAGCAUGGAGCAAACUUCGUCUGUGUUGGGGAAUCCACCCAGCCCCAGUGGACUAACUACUGAACUGACUGAAGCCAAGAAAGCUGUUAUUAAUCGUCGUCGCACUACCUCUAAUACACGCCACAGACGCGACACAGUGAAUGAGGACAACCACCGCACACAGGAACUGCUUCACUUCAGCAGCAGCGUUUUUGGAGAACUUGCUGUCCACAAAGGGAAAAUGUUAGGUGAGAGCGAACGACUUGGACGGAGUGUUUACUGCGGUUUUGAAGCGAACUCUGGAGAAUUUUCUGUGAUCUAUGAGUGGUCACUGCGCUGGAGCAAGAAGAUGGGCAAAUUCUUCACCAGCCAGGAGAAAGGAAAACUUGAGGGCUGUAAAAAACAGAUUCAUGCUGCAGAGAAUGAGUUCAACUCCCUCCUGCGACUAGAUCAUCCAAACUUGGUGCAUUACAUGGCCCUGUGCUCCACUGAAAAGGAGGAAUGUAUCAUGGUGAACCUGCUGGUGGAGCAUGUACCUGGGAUCAACCUAAACCAAAGCCUGACUAGCGGGACCCCAGUUCCUCUGGAUAAACUUUGCCAUUACACGGCUCAGCUACUGGCCGCCCUGAAUUACCUUCACUCCAACUCUGUGGUCCACAAACAGCUGGGCGCCUCCAGUGUGCUGGUAGACUCUGAGGGGAACAUUAGACUGACAGACUACAGCUUAUCAAAAAGGUUUGCUGAUGUCUGCAAAGAAGACAUUUUUGAUCAAGCCCGGGUCCGUUUUUCCGAGGAUACAGCAUUGCCAACAAAAACCGGGAAGAAGGGGGAUGUGUGGAACCUGGGGCUGAUGCUGCUGGCUCUAAGUCAGGGUAAAGAAGUGAAGGAGUAUCCAUUUACUGUACCAAACAGCCUGCCUGCUGAUUUUCAGGAUUUCCUCCACAAAUGCAUCUGCCUGAAUGAUGCUGACCGCUGGACUACUCAACAGCUUUUGGACCACUCUUUCCUCAAGCCCCCUUCACCUAAAAACCUUCCUCAGUACCAGGACACCAGUCCAGAAGAUCUGGCAGUGGACUUUGGAUCAACCGUUGUUCCCCGCAGCCACAUUUUUGAUGCUCUGUUCAGCUCAGGGAUGCAGAGGCAGUUUUCUCGCUACUUUGAUGAGUUUGAGGAGCUACAGCUUCUGGGAAAAGGGGCCUUUGGAGCUGUAAUUAAGGUACAAAACAAGCUGGACGGUUGUUACUAUGCUGUGAAGCGAAUCCAGGUCAAUCCAGCCAGUAAGCAGUUCAGGCGCAUCAAAGGGGAAGUGACUCUACUUUCCCGCCUGAACCAUGAGAACAUUGUUCGCUAUUACAACGCCUGGAUCGAGCGGCACGAGUUGCCCUCUAUGGGAGUGCUGAGCAACAGCGACAGCUCGGAGCCUCAGAGCACGCCCGACAAACAUCCCCAGGCACGCGACCCGCCGCGCCGCCUCAAUGAGCUCGGCCUGCCUGACAAUGUGGAGGACCUCGCCCCACCUCCCGCCGUGUCGAGCUCUGUGGAGUGGUCCACCUCCAUCGAGAGGUCCUCCAGUGCCAAGUGCAGCGGGCACCAGUCGAGUGAUGAAGACGAAGACGAUUAUGAGGAUGAUGUAUUUGGUGCAUCGUUUUUACCGUCAGACAGCGACUCGAGGAGUGACAUUAUCUUUGACAAUGGGGAUGACAGCACAGACGACAUAUCACAAAUGGAGCCAAAAAAAAGGCCGACAACAACCAGCACAACUGAGAGCUCAGAUUCUGAUCAGCAGCUUUCUAUAGCACAUUACUUGUACAUACAGAUGGAAUACUGUGAAAAAAGCACUUUAAGAGACACAAUAGAUCAAAGUCUAUACCUGGACAGAAAUCGGUUAUGGAGGCUGUUCAGGGAGAUUCUGGAUGGUCUUGCUUACAUCCAUGAGCAGGGCAUGAUUCAUCGGGACUUGAAGCCUGUGAAUAUCUUCCUGGAUUCCCAAGACCAUGUAAAAAUCGGAGACUUUGGUCUGGCUACAGAUCAUCCUGCUAAUGUGGCAGCAGGUAAAUUUGAACUGGAGGACAGCAGCUCAGCUGUGAUGGCCAAACCAGACCCUUCAGGUAACAUGACAGGAAUGGUUGGAACAGCCCUUUAUGUCAGUCCAGAGGUCCAAGGAAACACCAAAGCCACAUAUAACCAGAAAGUUGAUCUGUUUAGUCUGGGCAUCAUUCUCUUUGAGAUGUCCUACAGGCCGUUUGUGACGGGUGCAGAGCGAAUCUCCGUCCUGAGCCAGCUACGGAUGGAGUCAAUUUCCUUCCCAGAAGACUUUCCUGAACAUGAACAAGGAACACUGAGGAAGGUAAUAGAGUGGCUGCUGAAGCAUGACCCAGCCCUUCGACCCACCACCCAGGAGUUACUGAAGAGCGAACUGCUGCCGCCGCCUCAGAUGGAGGAGUCAGAGCUUCAUGAGGUGUUGCAGCACACCAUGGCUAAUAUCAAUGGCAAGGCUUACCGCACCAUGGUGGGGCAGCUGUUUUCCCAAAACACCACACCAGUCAUGGAUUAUGCUUAUGACAUGGACAUGCACAAGGGCAACUUCAACUUCAGCAUCUCCAAAUUGCAGCAACAUGUGUAUGAAAGCAUCACCAGAAUCUUUAAGAAGCACGGUGCAGUACGACUUCACACGCCAAUGCUUCUCCCCAGAAACAGGAAGUUGUAUGAUAGCAGCGAGCUGGCCUGCUUUAUGGACCACAGUGGAAUGCUGGUCACACUGCCCCAUGACCUUCAUAUGGCGUUUGCACGAUUUGUUGCCCGCAACAAUAUAACACAACUGAAGAGGUACUGCAUUGAACGUGUGUUCCGACCCAGAAAGCUGGAUCGUGCACACCCGAGGGAGAUUCUGGAGUGCACGUUUGACAUCAUCACACCCGUCACCAACAGUCUGCUCCCGGACGCCGAGACCAUUUACACCGUCUCUGAAAUAAUCCAGGAGUUUCCUGCUCUUCAGGAGAGGAACUAUAACAUCUACUUGAACCACACCAGCUUACUGAAGGCCAUCCUACUCCACAGUGGCAUCCCGGAGGACAAACUGAGCCAGGCAUCCAGCAUACUCUGUGAUGCUAGGAAUGAAAAGCUGACCAGAGGUGAGGUUGAGGCAAAGUUCUGCAACUUUUCCCUUUCAACCAACACUCUGCAAACAUUGUACAAGUACAUAGAGCAGAAGGGCAGUUUGCAAGAGCUGGCACCGCUGCUGACAUCGCUCACCAAACAGAAGACAGCCGUCACUCAGCUGGCCAAGCAGGGCCUCAAGGACCUGGAGGAGCUCACCGUCCUCCUGAAAAGACUGGGUGUUAAACUAAAGGUUAUUGUUAACUUAGGUUUGGUGUACAAGGUGCAGCAUCACUCUGGAGUCAUCUUCCAGUUUGUGGCGUUUAUCAAGAAACGAAAGCGAACUGCACCAGACAUCAUAGCUGCUGGAGGACGCUAUGAUCACCUGAUCCUGGCAUUCCGAGGACCAGCUUCCACUGUGCCGGUCCCCAAUGCGGUGGGGGCCAGCAUUGCUCUGGACAAAGUCUAUGGUGCCAUGGCCAAUAUGGAGGAGCCACUGGUGGUGAGUUCCUGUGAUGUCCUGGUGGUCCCAGUUGGACAUUCCUCAAUGUCCAAAGCCAUUAGUGUUGUCCAGAAGCUGUGGAGCUCAAGCGUUUCUGCCGACCUUGCCUACGAUGUGUUACAGUCUCAGGAGACACUGUUGGAGCACUGCAGACUGGCUGGCAUUACUUGCAUGGCACUUGUAUCUGACAAAGAUGGAAACUAUGUGAAGGUGAAAUCCUUUGAGAAAGACAGGCAGUCUGAGAAGAGAAUUCCAGAGUGGGACUUGGUGGACCACAUCAUUCAGAAAUGCCGGACCAAAGUAUUUGACGAGAGAAGCAUCAGAGAAAUGACUGAGAGCAUAAGCCUCCAGAACCCUAAAGGAUCACAGCUUAACAACACUGGCUCUUUGGAGCAACAUGGCGGUAGCACCAACAUGAACGUUAACGUCAUCAGUCCAGAGAAAGUUUCCGCAAGUGCAAGAAGACGAUAUGAGGCUCAGAUUCAGACCAGAUUACAGAAUCUGGGGAGCAAUUUGCAGAACAAGAGCAACAACAUCGAGGUCCUUGCAGUGGACCUGCAGAAGGAAACGCUGAUAAACUUCCUGUCUCUGGAGUUUGACAGUGAAGAACAGUUCAACAGCACCGUCAAGACUCUGCUCUCUCGUCUCCCAAAGCAGCGCUACCUGAAGUCCAUCUGUGAUGAGAUUCACCAUUUUAAGAUUGUGAAAAGGGUGGCUGUGGUGGUCUUGUACAGCUAUAAAGAUGACUACUACAAGAUCCUUUUGUGAGAAUCAAAGACUGCAUUUUAUCCUCAGUCCUGCAGGAUCUAUCUGCUCAAAGAUUGGACAGAUUUUCUAUUUGGGACAAAAAUACAAGCCCCAAAGACACAAGGGACUCUUCUUUUAUCAUGUUGAACAGUUCUUUAGCUCCAAACUCUGAGCAUUUCCCAAAAACCUUUUGGUGUUUUCAGGCAGAAACAAGAGGUUUAAUGGACUUUGUUGCCUUAAUACAGAUUUUUUAGGAAAAGGGCUACUUGUUGUAGAUUAUGUGUCAUGAGUAAAAGAUGGAGGGAAUAAAUAUUAUGUUCCCACGC